UCUGUCUCAUUAUUCUAUCUGUUACUCUAGCUUCUGCCACCUUUCACCAAAGAACUUCUCCUGUGCGUUCACCGCAGAUGCGGAAGUGCGACACUGGAGGAGGCAGUAAUUGAGACGCAUCCAGUGCAAAACACAAACUGACGAAUUUUGAUGUGGAUUUUUUUGUUGUUAUAUAAUUUAGAUUGACGCACCAGUAUAUCAAUCGACUCUAGGGGAUUCUUACAUGCGGGACUUUUAAUUAGAACAUUUCCGAAAUUCCCCUGAUACGGAAGUACUUUUUUAGUGUUGCUGACGAGACGCUGAUAUAGUAUUUCUGAACUGGAGCUUGUGUACAUAGCCAACAAACAAGUUUUGAAAGUGAUAACAGUAGCUACUGUCUUUUGAACCACCUAAAUAUAUGUGCCACGGAAGUAGGUAUUGUAAAUGCACAGCUACAGCGCAUUUCUUGUUAAUUACAUACUUUCAGCUUGCUAACGGAAACUAUGCUUCAUAGUUAGCUAGCCAGUUUAGCUGUACUAUUUGUCUACCGUGGUAAAGUUAGCUAACGUUAUCUAGACAAACUAAAUUACUAUGUCAGCUGUACCGUUAAUUAGACAAGCACAUGUGUAGCCAACCAUAUUUGCUGUUAGCUAGCUACUUCGUAAAGGUUAGUAGCUAGUUAUGUAACGUUAGUUAGCUAGUAAAAUGUUCGGUCAUUAACAACACCUCCAACAGCAACAACGUAUUUGGCAGCUGCAACAACAUCUCCAACAACGCCAGCAGCUGCUAACAACCCAACUCAUGCCAUCCCAACUUCCACAUCAGCACCAGAUGAACCGACCACCACCACCUAGCAUGACUUACCUCUGCCCAGUUCCCCGGGCCUCUCUCCUUGCCACCAACCCCAUGCUGCAAGGGGCACUGCUCAUGCAACAACCGAUGCGAGGUAACAUGCGAGGCUUGGCCAUGGGUAGUGGGCUACCCUUUACGUCAUUUUUGUCAGAGGGGACAAGGCAAUCUCUCCUUGGACCAGCUCCAAUCCCCCAAGUGGGAUUGUCCUCAUCAGGACCCAAUCAUUCCCUUACACACUUUUUAAACAAGGACAUUAGUGUUAGGAAGAGGAAGAAGGAACAGACAGGAAGUGCUGGAGGCCAGCUGAGCUCCAGCAGUGCAGAGGGGCCCGGGGAGAGGGAUGAUAGGACUACCAAUACAGAGAUACAGGAAGCGGAAUCAGUUGGACAAUUCUUUGCAAAGCAACAGGUGCCUGAGAUGAAGAAGCAGAAGAUGAAUGGGUCAGAAGAGCCUGUGAAUAUACAAAUUGGACAAGAGGCAGUCCAGAAGUAUGAUAAAAAAAUGUCAACAGAUGUAUCUCAGCCUGUAGAUAUCUCUGCUCUCGAGUAUAGAGGAGGAAGCACUUCCAUUGAAGUGGCGGAGGAAUGUUGCGAAGAAAGCAUAACAGCUGACCAUGUUCUGGGGGUAGGCACAUCCCUGAAAGUCACCAUCCAGCAGAGCAGCGAGAGCCGGGCAUUCAGCACAGGCCUAGAGGAGUUGGCUGCAGCAACAGCCACGGGGACCCCCUGUGGUGUAGAGGGACAAGGUGAGGACAGUGGAGCUGCGACUGACAGCCACUACUGCUACAUCUGCAGCAACCCCUACCACAACCAGCAGAAUUUCCAGAACCAUAUGAACGGAUUGGAACAUCAACAGCGUAUGAUGGAGAUUCAGCAAGUGAGCAAUGCCUGUCUGGUCAAUCUAUUACCACGGGUCGGCGACUCCCUACAGGGCACAUACAAAGCUGGGGGCAAAAAUCCAGUAGGGGUGCAGCGCUGGUGUGCAACCUGCCAAACACACUUUACCGGCGAACUCAUCGAGCACCGGAGAACCAAGGAGCACAAGCUAUCAAAGCAGUCCUCACGUCCCUUCUGCACCGUCUGCAAUCGCCAGUUCAGGACGCCACGGAAGUUUGUGGAGCACAUGAAGUCCCGAGAACACAAGCAGAAGGUGGAGGAGCUCCGGGAGGAAGGAGAGCCAGAGGUUAUUGAGGAACUCAUCACUGUGGAUGCAGUGGGAUGUUUUGAGGGAGAAGAGGACUUUGAGGAGGAUACCCACAAGGAUGAGGAUAGCAGGCCCGGUCAAAGAGCCGUCCCGCUAGAGCAUGUGGGGGACUACGAAGCGUUUGAUUCCGAAACACAAUAUGGUUCAAGCUUUGUUGUCCCAGUGGCUGGUUUCCUCUGCAGACUGUGCCAUAAGUUCUUCUAUUUCGAGUCCACGGCCAGGCACUUUCACUGCAAGUCCCUCAUACACUUCCAGAACUUACAGAAGUACAAAGCCUUGAAGAAUCAAAAGAGCUCCGCUGCGGAGGACACCGAGAAGACAAGGACAUGCAGCCGAACAGUGGGGGACUCCCCUGACCUGAGAGAAUACAAGGUGGUUAUCCAAAUGGAUAAUGACUGUACAAAAGACUGCAACAUGGCUAGGAACAACACACAUCUCUGUGGUACCUCCUCUACCACAAUCAAGAUGCAUCCUGUUGUCUCUACUCAGGACAAGGCAGAGCAGGACAGUAUCUCCACUGCCACUCAGCAGGUCUCAGAACAGCUGGACUCAGACUCCGUAUUGCCAAAUACCGCAGUCGCUGUCCAUAGGCCGUGCUGCUGUGCCACCCAGCCUCCUUCUGGCUCAAGCUGUGGAUUGGAGAACACGGUGAAGCGGUCUUCAUGCCAAAGCUGCCAAAGGUCCCAACCAAGCCUCCAGGAGUAUGGGCAUGUUGUGACUGGAGAAAAAUGCUCCUGCAGAGGUGGGUGUGCUCUUGCUUUUCCUGCAGGGCAGCAGGACACAAACAUGAGCAUGCCUCAAACUGCAAGCGAGCCACCACGAGGCAGCCUCUUGGAAAGAGAGCAUCUGCAGCAGGAGAGCUCCACACUGUUGAUGCCACAUAUACUCGAACUGGACGAGGACAAAGAACUAGUCAACAGAGAGGAAGUGGAACUAAAGGAGUCAGCUGGGAGUAUGCCAGGAAAGUCAAGGACCACAUCGAAAAGAAUGGCCUCCAAAACGAAAUCCACAAGGACAACCCACACAAAAACAUGAGCGCAGAACCCAGGAAAUUAACACAAACUAAUCCUCACAAGUCGUUAAUGAUGAGAUAUCUACACAUUGGGUGUGUGUGAGAUUGAAUGAGUCACCCAAUAUACGAUUUCAGACAAAUCCUGUUUGGUUACAGUAAAGUAGGCCUAGUUUAGUUUGAAUAGAAUAUACAGUUUGUGUUACUAUUUUAUUAAGUGAUACCAUUCACAGUAUUGCAAGGUAUCUCCAAUCACAGUGAGUGAGGCCAUAUUAUGUUGUUUUCUUUAACGUCUCUAGGGGGUGUGGGACGGUAGCGUCCCACCUGGCCAACAUCCGGUGAAAUUGCAGAGCGCCAAAUUCAAAUUAAAUUACUAUAAAUAUUUAACUUUAACUCAUGAAAUCACAAGUGUAAUACAUCAAAAUAAAGCUUAACUUGUUGUUAAUCCAGCCGCCGUGUCAGAUUUCAAAAAGGCUUUACGGCGAAAGCAAACCAUGAGAUUAUCUGAGGACAGUGCUCAGCACACAAAACAUUACAUACAGUCACGAAAGUCAGAAAUAGGAAUAAAAUGAAUCACUUACCUUUGAUCUUUGUAUGGUUGCACGCACAAGACUCCUAGUUACACAAUAAAUGUUAGUUUUGUUCCCUCUUUAUAUCCAAAAACCUCCAUUUUGUUCAUUAUUCCAAUGGCCCAAAUGCGGUCACAACAGCCAGACGAAAAUUCCAAAGAGUACCGGUAAAGUUUGUAGAAACAUGUCAAACAAUGUUUAUAAUCAAUCCUCAGGUUGUUUUUAGGCUAAAUAAUCGCUAAUAUUUCAACCGGACAAUAGCGCCGUCAAUAUAAAAGAAAAACGAGAAACAGCUCUGCGGACAUCCCACUAUCCACUGACUCAAAGUUGUCAUUCUCCCUCAUUUUUCAGAAUAAAAGCCUGAAACAAUGUCUAAAGACUGUUCACAACUAGUGGAAGCCAUAGGGAAUGGAAUCUGGGUCCUAUCCCUUUAAAUGGUGGACAGGCUUUCAUUGGAAAAACAGCCAUUUCAAAAUAAUGACACAACCUGAGGAAAAUCCUACCAGGAAUUCACCUGCCAUUUCAGUUCUGUUAUACUCGCAUACAUUAUUUUAACAGUUUUAGAAACUUUAGAGUGUUUUCUAUCCAAAUCUACUAAUAAUAUGCAUAUCUUAGCUUCUGGGCCUGAGUAGCAGGCAGUUUACUUUGGGCAUGCUUUUCAUCCGGAGGUGAAAAUACUUCCCCCUACCCUAGUGAGGUUAAAGAAAUUGCCCUUGGAUCUCAAUCAAGUCAAUGUAUAUAUCGUUGUAUAUUGCCUCCUUUUGAGCUCAACUAAUCAGUCACAUGCAAUCCCAUUCAGGUCAAAACUAUUUUCUUUUGAUCAUUAAAGGGGAAAUAUCUCUACAAUA